AGGGAAAAAUCCGAAAAGGAGAAUCCUAUGCUUGAGCUGAGGAUCCGCAAGCUCUGCCUCAAUAUAUGUGUUGGUGAGAGUGGUGACAGACUGACACGGGCAGCCAAGGUGUUGGAGCAGCUCACUGGUCAGACUCCUGUCUUCUCCAAAGCUCGCUACACUGUGAGAUCUUUCGGCAUCCGAAGAAAUGAGAAAAUCGCAGUUCACUGUACUGUGCGUGGGGCAAAAGCAGAAGAAAUUCUGGAGAAGGGGCUGAAGGUCAGAGAAUAUGAGCUAAGGAAAAACAAUUUUUCUGACACAGGGAAUUUUGGAUUUGGCAUCCAGGAGCACAUUGACUUGGGGAUUAAAUAUGAUCCAAGCAUAGGAAUCUAUGGAUUGGAUUUCUAUGUGGUCCUGGGUCGGCCAGGCUUCAGCAUCGCUGACAAAAAGCGCAGGACUGGCGUCAUUGGAGCAAAGCAUCGCAUUGGAAAAGAGGAGGCAAUGCGCUGGUUCCAGCAGAAGUACGAUGGCAUCAUCCUUCCUGGAAAGUGAGCUGCAUCUUAUUUUUCAAAAUAAAUAAUCUUAAAAAUGA